UAAUAAUAUUUUAUUUUGUAAAAGAAACAAAAUUAAAUUAAAAUAAUAAUUUAGUCAAAAAGCAAAGAAGUAAAAUACAAUAAUACUCCCUCUAGUUUUAUAUAUAAGCAACUUUUCACUUUUAUAUUCAUUCAAUAAUUGAUUUAUUUGGACCAAAAAAUGACCAGAUACAUCAAUUAUUGAAUGAAUAUAAAAAGUAAAAAGUUGCUCGUAUAUGAGACUAGAGGGAAUAAUAUUUUUUUCUUAACAAAGUAAAUAAUAAUAUCAAUAGUACUGCUAAUAUUAUUUAUAGUAGUGACUAGUAAGUAAUUGCAAAUAAAAAAAGUUGAUAAUGAGAAUCUUUUUUUUUUGAUAAUGAGAAUCUUAUCCAUCAUAAUUACACACUUAUUAAUACUAUAAGUUCCGCGUAUUAUCUCUUCAGAUCCAUGAAAUGAAACCACCACGGUAAGAAACAAAGUAACAAACAAAUCCUGCAACACAUAGAUCUCAGAAACUACCAAGAACCCGGUUCAGAAACCGCGUGUUAUCACGCGCACGACUUCAAAUAACGACCCAAACCAAACCCUCAAUUCCCAAAAUUCCCAAAACCCUCACAUCCAUGGCUGACCAAAUCCUCUCCGAUCAACCACCGGAACAACAACCGUCUUCCGAUCUCGAUUACGACUUCGCCGACCAAUUCAACAACGUUCCUAUACCUUCAUUAGACUUUUUAUUCAACGACGAUCUUGGAGAUCUUGAGAUCACGUUCGACGAUCUUGAUAAUCUCUGUAUCCCUUCUGAUACCGAAGAAUUUCUUCUUCCUGAUUCAUGGAACCCUAACGGUGUUCCAAUUUCGCCUAUUAUUGAUAAUGAAGGCGUUGUUAAUUUUGAUUCACCGGAAUCAGGUGCUUCUGUUGUUUCUGGUGAUCUGAGUCCUGAUGUUUCUAGGUUUCUUAAUUCUGAUUCGGUUUCUGCUGAUGAUAAUGAUAAUUCGGUUGAUGUUGAUGUUAAAGUUUCGAUGGAGACUGAAAAUGCUGAGAAUUCUGAUCGGGAAGAGUCUUCGAAUGGACCGGUUUCGUCUCAGGGAUCAGGAAAUGGCGGAUCGGGUGUAUAUGAGGCGACGAAUUCGCCUUCACAUGAUUCUGGCCGUUAUGAGAGGGAUAUUUCGUCUUCUCAUGAACAUGCAAUUGUGGAAGAGGGUGUGAAAUUGGAAGGGAUUGUUAAAGGCUGUGAUUUGAAGAGGAAGAAAGAAAGUAGCCAUGAAAGUGCUGAGACUCGAACUCCGAAAUGUAGCAGGAGAUCGUCUUCAAUGGAAAUCAAGACCCAACAACAACAGCAGCAGCAACAAGCUCAAUCUCAAUCUCAAUCUGGUUUUGAUGGUAUUGAAGAUGAGGAUGAGAAGAGGAAGGCGAGGUUGAUGAGGAAUAGAGAAAGUGCACAGCUUUCUAGACAGAGGAAGAAGCAUUAUGUGGAGGAGCUUGAGGAGAAAGUAAGAUCAAUGCAUUCAACAAUUGCUGAUUUGAGUAGUAAGAUUACUUAUGUUAUGGCUGAGAAUGCUACACUUAGACAACAAUUGAGUGGUGGUGUGAUGUGUCCACCUCCUCCGCCGGGUGCUGGGAUGUACCCUCAUCCUCCAAUGGGACCUAUGCCUUAUCCUUGGAUGCCUUGUGCUCCUUAUGUUGUUAAACCUCAAGGUUCUCAGGUUCCUUUGGUUCCAAUUCCAAGGUUGAAGCCUCAGCAACCGGCUGCGUCUUCCAAGAGUAAAAAGGGUGAGAGUAAAAAGAGUGAGAGUAAGAAAACUGAGGUGAAAACUAAGAAGGUUGCUAGUAUUAGUUUGUUGGGUUUGUUUUUAUGUAUCAUGCUUUUUGGUGGACUUGUUCCUAUGGUAGAUUUUAAGUUUGGAGGUUUAGUUGAUAAUGUUUCUGGUAGGUCUAGUUAUGUUAGUGAUAGAUGGUUUUAUGGUCAUGGUGGAGGUAAGAUUUGGCCUGUAAAUGGUCAUAUGAAUGAAUCUGGAAGGGAUGGGGAAGUGGGGUUUCCCAAUGGAAGGUUUGGUAUUUCUGAUAGGAAUAAUUAUGAAAGAGGUCGGAAACUAGAAGAAAUGAAUGAACGGAAAGACUCGAGUUGUGUUGGUCAUCGAGACAAUGCCAGCGAGCCACUUCUAGCUUCUUUGUAUGUUCCUAGGAAUGAUAAGCUGGUUAAGAUUGAUGGAAACUUGAUAAUCCAUUCUAUCAUGGCCAGUGAGAAAGCCAUGGCAUCUCAAGAUGCUCAGGUAAAGAAGGAGAAAAGUGGAACUGGUUUGGCCAUUCCUAAAGAUUGGGAUUCUGCAUUGGCUAUUCCUGAAGUUGGAAGAAAUAGAGGACAGCAUCCAAAUGUGUACAGAGUUUCUGCAGAACAGAGGAGGGCUAUUGGCUCUGGUUCAACUAAAACCUUGAAGGACCAUAUGAAGUCUUCUGCAACUGAUGGUAAAAUGCAGCAGUGGUUCCGUGAAGGAAUUGCAGGUCCAAUGCUAAGUUCUGGCAUGUGUACUGAAGUUUUUCAGUUUGAUGUUUCUCCUGCUCCUGGAGCUAUUGUUCCAGCAACAGCAGUGGGCAAUAUUUCUACUGAAACUCGUCGUAAUGCCACCAAUGUCAACAAGAGCAGGAACAGAAGAAUCCUCCACACCCUCCCAGAUCAACUUCCUGGAACCCGUCUGAACAUAACUGAAGAACAUGCAAGAAAUUUGCCAAAAGACCACCUCCCUGGUAAUAAAUCGUCUAUGGUGGUUUCCGUGCUUGUUGAUCCCAAAGAGGCUGGAGACAGUGGUGUUGAUGGCAUGAUGGCUCCAAAGUCGCUCUCUCGGAUUUUCGUGGUUGUGCUAAUAGAUAGUGUCAAGUAUGUGACUUACUCAUGUGGUCUUCCCCGCGCUUCUCCUUUGGUGACUGCUUAUGUUUGACAACCCUCCCCAUUUUGAUACAAGCUUAUCUAACCCUAGAAUUAUAGUUUAUUUACAAGGGAUGUGGGUUACUGGGAGGGAAAGAAAUGAGGCUCCAGUUUUGUACAUAACAAACAUAUAAUAGCAGGCCUUGUGUACCCAAAAAGAGUUGCACUUUAGAAUCUGGCGAUGAUCAACUGUCUAUGUACUGAGUUGAGACAUUUCUUACAAACUUCAUAAUAAUAAUAUAUGCCCCUUAUAAUUUAAA